CUCCCCCAGGACGCAUACACAUACACAUGAACAUAACACCUCAGAACACCCCGAAAUCCUGUAGCGCCAACGGCAACCCCGGCUGUGUCCGGGGCUUUGUCCGGGACCGGUGCCGUAAGUGCAACCUGGGAUCCAUCGCCUGCCACAUGUGCCAACCUACGCUUAUCCUUACACCCAAACCAAACGAGGGCCGUAAACUGCACCGUCUAUCGUACACAAUCUCAUCCUCGACUUCAACGCUGUUCCAUCCCCGAAGAAGUCUUUCCUUCGAGCCAUCCACGACCUUGACUUCUACAGCAUUCCCCUCAUCAUCAUCAUCAUCGUCGUCCCGAGCAACGCCUUCCUCACGUCCAUUGCCGACAUCCUUUUCUUCGCAUCCCCCUCCUCCCCUGCAAUCUCCAGUCUUGUCCCCUUCCCCCGUCUCAGUUUCCUUCCCGUCCGCACUUCUAUCUCCCACCUUACCAUCUCCUGCAUCGCCUGUAUUACCGCCACCUCUGCCCGCAUCAACUAGCGCACCUUGCGUUUUUUGCAAGGAUGGUCGUAAGGUCUGCGAGGAUUGCUUCGGACUCGGUUACGUCCAGCGGGUCUGUCAGGACUGUAUCCGAGAGAACUAUCGUCGGCAUAACAGCAGCAGCCAUAACCUCGCGGGUGGGAAGAUCCUGGCAGGUAUCCGUCGCAAGACUUCGUUGUCGACCUCGACGACGGCGACGAGGACCCAGACAGGGGGUUGGUCGAGGUUCAAGGAACAGUUGGUCUUGACGACUCAGCGGUCGUUGCUGCCACAGGCUGGAAGACCCGCUUCGCCUCACGACAAUGCGCUGCCGGAAUUCAUGGGCACAGAUCUUGCGGUCCAGAAUAGCGGCAUGGGGUUGGAUGCCAACAAUAGCGGCGGCAAUGGUAAUGGUAUCGCAGAGACGGUGAUGGCUCACGAGAGGAUUGAGUAUUCUUCUGCGCCAGAGGUGUCGUCGUCACCCGUCUCGGGGAACCUUAGCGGCGGCGACAAUAGCAAGACCAAGAAUGGCAGUGCUCCUCGGUUGUCACUCAAGGCAGCGAUCAAGAAACAUCUCAAGGUGCCACCCUUGUUCACCCAUCUUCACAACCAUAAUCAUAGUAGCAAUAAUAGUAAUAGCGAUACCGGAGGCAAGCGACAUCGCCGGCAGUGGUCGCUUUCGGCAUUGCUUAUCCCGAGUCUACUUCGGACAGCAUCCUCGGCCGCAUGAAGCAGCUUCCUUUUUUUUUUUACCAUAGGCCCUCUUGUUCUUUGGCCAUAGUCAUAAUCGUAGUCAUACUCCUGAAAAUAAUAAUAUCCUGGUUUAGGUUGUCCGUGUGGACAACCUUAGCUUGAAAAAGCGUGCUAAAAA